AUGAUCGAUUUCGUGAUCCCGCAAUGGUUGGUUAUUUAUUAUUAUUCUGUUGGGACAGUUUCUCUUGUUUUGAAUUCAAUCACAAUUUAUUUGAUCAUUUUUCGAAGCGAUAAUAUUGAUAGUUUCAGAUACUAUAUCUUGGUUUUCCAGACAAACUGCGCCAUUACAGACGUUCAUACAACUAUUUUGAUGCAACCGUUCCCCUUACAUCCAAUGAUUUGUGGACAUUACAAAGGAUUGAUUGGAACUUUUUUCGAAGUCAACUCAUAUUAUCACGCGGCAUUUAGUAUCACUUCAAUUAUCACUCAAGUUGAAGCAUUGGUUUUUUGCUUUUAUAGAAAGCAUCAGACUAUUGCGAAAGUUAUGAAUGGACAUGUUUGUCCAAAAGCAUUCACCUAUUUUAUGAACACUUCAGCCACUGUCACACCGAUUUUCAUCUUCUAUGCCCUAUUAGAAGCAGGAAUGACUAGACAAGAACAAUUGGAUUAUGUGAAGAAGUGUAUUCUGGCGGUGUUCUCGUUGAGAUCAUCUGUAAAUGCGAUUGUUCUGAUUGUGACAACUCCGCCGUAUAGGAAGUUUGUGUUAAGAAUCAAACCAAGAUUGAAUUCGAUUGCAGUGUCCAGUUCUGGAAAUAGUAAUAAUGCUCUUCAUCAUUGA